GCGGGGCGGUCCCACCCCCACGGGCGGAGCCGGGUCCGGUCGACAAGAUGGCGGCGGCCCUGAGGGGGGUGAGGUGUUGGGGACUGGUGGCGGCAGCACCCAGCCUCGCUUUUACUCGUUCUGCAUUUGUUGUGAAAAAAGCGAAUAGUGCCCAACCAAACUGGCUGGGAGUUGGCUUGGCGUUUAGCACCAGUGCUGCCUUGUGGGCUUUUCUUAUCAAGCAGCAUAAUGAAGAUGUAAUGGAAUAUGAAAGAAGAAAACAAGAGAGAGGACAUAAGUGUACAGGAUGUUCAUAGCUGAUGACAUACUCACAAAGAGGUAACAUGAGGACCAGUUGUCCUACAAAUAAAUGAGCACAGAAGAAGUAAAAAGUUAUCUAAUUACUUGUAUGUUCAUACAUUUCAUGUGCAUAAUUAAAAAUAAAUUAUAAAGUCUAGAAGAAACCUGAAA